GACCGCCGGGUGCCGCAGCCCGGGAGCGGAGAGAAGGAAGGACCCACAGACUUGCGGCUGGCGUCGCGCGCGCACGCUGCGCCGGGGCUCCAGGCUGGCGCGCACCCAUCCACUCACCCCUCCAGUCCGGCUGCUCCUGCCCCCACCCCACCGGUCUGGGAUGUACCUUUCCAUCUGUUGCUGUUUCCUGCUAUGGGCUCCUGCCCUGACGCUCAAAAACCUCAACUACUCGGUGCCGGAGGAGCAAGGGGCCGGCACGGUGAUCGGCAACAUCGGCAAGGAUGCUCGACUGCAGCCAGGGCUUCCGCCCGCAGAGCGCGGCGGCGGCGGCGGCGGCGGCGGGCGCGGCAAGUCGGGUAGCUACCGGGUGCUGGAGAACUCCGCGCCGCACCUGCUGGACGUGGACGUCGACAGCGGGCUCCUCUACACCAAGCAGCGCAUCGACCGCGAGUCCCUGUGCCGCCACAAUGCCAAGUGCCAGCUAUCCCUCGAGGUGUUCGCCAACGACAAAGAGAUCUGCAUGAUCAAGGUGGAGAUCCAGGACAUCAACGACAAUGCGCCCUCCUUUCCCUCGGACCAGAUCGAGAUGGACAUCUCCGAGAACGCGGCCCCCGGCACCCGCUUCCCCCUCACCAGUGCACAUGACCCCGACGCCGGCGAGAACGGGCUCCGCACCUAUCUGCUCACGCGCGACGACCACGGCCUCUUCGCGCUGGACGUCAAGUCCCGCGGCGACGGCACCAAGUUCCCAGAGCUGGUUAUCCAGAAGGCGCUGGACCGCGAGCAGCAGAACCACCACACGCUCGUGCUGACCGCCCUGGAUGGCGGCGAGCCGCCGCGCUCAGCCACGGUGCAGAUCAACGUGAAGGUGAUUGACUCGAACGACAACAGCCCAGUCUUCGAGGAGCCCUCCUACCUGGUAGAACUACCCGAAAACGCCCCACUGGGCACCGUGGUCAUUGAUCUGAACGCCACCGACGCCGACGAGGGUCCAAAUGGAGAAGUGCUCUAUUCCUUCAGCAGCUAUGUGCCCGACCGCGUGCGGGAGCUGUUCUCCAUCGACCCCAAGACCGGCCUGAUCCGUGUCAAGGGCAACCUGGACUAUGAGGAGAAUGGGAUGCUGGAGAUCGACGUGCAGGCCCGAGACCUGGGUCCCAACCCCAUCCCGGCCCACUGCAAGGUCACUGUCAAGCUCAUCGACCGCAACGACAACGCGCCGUCCAUCGGUUUCGUCUCUGUGCGCCAGGGGGCGCUGAGCGAGGCCGCCCCGCCAGGCACCGUCAUCGCCUUGGUGCGGGUCACUGACCGCGACUCGGGCAAGAACGGGCAGCUGCAGUGCCGGGUCCUGGGCGGAGGGGGCACGGCAGGCGGCGGAGGCCUGGGCGGGUCGGGAGGUUCUGUGCCCUUCAAGCUUGAGGAAAACUACGACAACUUCUACACGGUGGUGACUGACCGCCCGCUGGACCGGGAGACACAGGACGAGUAUAAUGUGACAAUCGUGGCGCGGGACGGGGGAUCGCCUCCACUCAACUCCACCAAGUCCUUCGCUGUCAAGAUCCUGGACGAGAACGACAACCCUCCUCGUUUCACCAAGGGACUCUACGUGCUGCAGGUGCACGAGAACAACAUCCCAGGAGAGUACUUGGGCUCCGUGCUCGCCCAGGACCCCGACCUCGGCCAGAACGGCACAGUGUCCUACUCCAUCCUGCCCUCGCACAUCGGCGACGUGUCCAUCUACACCUAUGUGUCUGUGAACCCCACCAACGGAGCCAUCUACGCCCUGCGCUCCUUUAACUACGAGCAGACCAAGGCUUUUGAGUUCAAGGUGCUUGCUAAGGACUCGGGGGCGCCCGCGCACUUGGAGAGCAACGCCACUGUGAGGGUGACAGUGCUAGACGUGAAUGACAACGCACCGGUGAUCGUGCUGCCCACGCUGCAGAACGACACCGCUGAGCUGCAGGUGCCGCGCAACGCGGGCCUGGGCUACCUGGUGAGCACCGUGCGCGCCCUUGACAGCGACUUCGGCGAGAGCGGGCGCCUCACCUACGAGAUCGUAGAUGGUAAUGACGACCACCUGUUUGAAAUCGACCCGUCCAGCGGCGAGAUCCGCACGCUGCACCCCUUCUGGGAGGACGUGACGCCAGUGGUGGAGCUGGUAGUGAAGGUGACUGACCACGGCAAGCCCACCCUGUCCGCGGUGGCCAAGCUCAUCAUCCGCUCGGUGAGCGGCUCCUUGCCCGAGGGGGUUCCCCGGGUGAACGGCGAGCAGCACCACUGGGACAUGUCGCUGCCGCUCAUCGUGACUCUGAGCACCAUCUCCAUCAUUCUCCUAGCGGCCAUGAUCACCAUCGCGGUCAAGUGCAAGCGCGAGAACAAGGAAAUCCGCACUUACAACUGCCGCAUCGCCGAGUACAGCCACCCGCAGCUGGGCGGGGGCAAGGGCAAGAAGAAGAAGAUCAACAAAAAUGAUAUCAUGCUGGUGCAGAGCGAAGUGGAGGAGAGGAACGCCAUGAACGUCAUGAACGUGGUGAGCAGCCCCUCCCUGGCCACCUCCCCCAUGUACUUUGACUACCAGACCCGCCUGCCCCUCAGCUCGCCCCGGUCGGAGGUGAUGUAUCUCAAACCGGCCUCCAACAACCUGACUGUUCCUCAGGGCCACGCGGGCUGCCACACCAGCUUCACCGGACAAGGGACUAAUGCGAGCGAGACCCCUGCCACUCGGAUGUCCAUAAUUCAGACAGACAAUUUUCCCGCAGAGCCCAAUUACAUGGGCAGCAGGCAGCAGUUUGUUCAAAGUAGCUCCACGUUUAAAGACCCAGAAAGAGCCAGCCUGAGAGACAGUGGGCACGGGGACAGUGAUCAGGCUGACAGUGACCAAGACACUAACAAAGGCUCCUGCUGUGACAUGUCUGUUAGGGAGGCACUCAAGAUGAAAACUACUUCAACUAAAAGCCAACCACUUGAACAAGAUCCUCAGGAGUUGCUUACCUGUACCUGUCAGUGUGCCAUUCUUGGUCAUUCUGACAGGUGUUGGAUGCCACAGUUCCCUGCAGCCAAUCAGGCUGAAAACGCAGAUUACCGCACAAAUCUCUUUGUACCCACAGUCGAAGCUAAUGUUGAGACUGAGACUUACGAAACUGUGAAUCCCACUGGGAAAAAGACUUUUUGUACAUUUGGAAAAGACAAGCGAGAGCACACUAUUCUCAUUGCCAAUGUUAAACCUUACUUAAAAGCCAAACGUGCCCUGAGCCCUCUCCUCCAAGAGGUCCCCUCAGCAUCAAGCAGCCCAACCAAGGCAUGCAUCGAGCCUUGCACCUCAACAAAAGGCUCUCUGGAUGGUUGUGAGGCAAAACCAGGAGCCCUGGCAGAAGCAAGCAGCCAGUACUUGCCCACUGACAGUCAGUAUCUGUCGCCCAGUAAGCAACCAAGAGACCCUCCCUUCACGGCUUCGGAUCAGAUGGCGAGGGUCUUCGCGGAUGUGCAUUCUCGAGCAAGCCGGGAUUCCAGCGAGAUGGGCGCCGUUCUCGAGCAGCUGGACCACCCCGCCCGGGAUCGGGGCCGAGAGUCGGUGGAUGCCGAGGAGGUCGUGAGAGAAAUUGAUAAGCUUUUGCAGGACUGCCGGGGAAAUGACCCUGUGGCUGUGAGAAAGUGAAGGGGGGAAAAAAAGAAAGAAAGAAAGAAAGCAUUGGCAUUUUCUUGUCUCUUCUGUUGAUUUAAAUAUGAUCCCUCCUGGUGACAACCCGGGACACAGGGAUGAAGAGAGACCAAUGCUACUUUAAGGCUUUUAGUGAACAUCUGAAGUGCCCACAAGUAUGUUCUUUUCACUGCUGUUUCUUUUUCAGAGAUAACAAUGGUUUUGUUUCGACCAAACUUAUAUUAGGACAGAAAUAAUGAUGCUCAAAGAGAAAAGAGGAAAAGAGAGAGCGAAGAAAGAGGAGAGAAGAUGAAGGAGGAUGAGGAGGCGAGUUACCUUUUGACAAUCUGUUAGGAAGGUAUGCGGUGUGAGAGUUGAAGUAUUUCUGAUCACUCUAAGACUGUCCUCCGUGAUUUAUGCUGACUUAACUGUUUACCUAUAAACCCCAUACAAAGCAGGGUCAUAAUUCUGUGAUCUGUGGUGGAUUUCGAGCAGUCAUCACAGGCUCCUACUGAAAGUCCCGAAAAGACCUUGCAGUAGUCCAAGCUACACCAAACAUUAACACAUAUUUGUGGUAAACAUUUCUGUAUAAAGUUACCUGCCACACAUAUAAACACAAAGAACAUUCCACGUCUUUAGUCGAAAAAAAUUUAAAAAAUAAAUAAAAACAAACUCGGUCAUUUGUAAGACACCUCAUGUCGUAUAAAAGUUAAGUGUAAAAAGAUAUAGUCCAUUUUGUCCUGCACACACAUAGACUAAUUCACUUCGUUAAAGGAGAAGAAAAUUUAAAGUUUUAAAAUGCCUCUUUAGCAUUUUAGUGUCCAACAAACAUAUAAAUAAUGAUGGAUAUGUUUUAAAUUUGACCUACAAAAGUUUUGAAAGCUACUUAUCACUGAGUGAUAACAUUCAGAGAAAAUUAACAUGAUUAAUAUGUUUUACUCAUUUGUGGACACUAAAAUAGCUCAGGAAAGUGAAAAUGUCUUAGACAUCCACAAAUCACAUGACCAUUUAAAUGUGCAAAUGUAAGAAGAUUCAAUGUGUUUACAUCAAAUGACAUAUUUUUAUUGAUUUAUUGCAGAUUCAGUGCAUAUGAGCCAAAUUGUUGAGUGUAUAAGAGCUAUAUUGUGUAUUUUAUUAAAUUAAUAUAUAGUUGUGUUGCAAAAAUAUUUGGGCUUAUAUUGUAAAUGGCAAGUGUUGCCUCGGUAGCUGUCGAACUCUAUGAGUUUUGUUUUUUCCUGCUUCCUUUUCCCCAUGGAGUGUCGGAAGCAGUGCCUCAGAGCAAAGUCUCUCGUUAAAUGUAUAGUCUACCAAGUACUACAGUACAUAAUCUGUUCAAAAUGUGUCUGAAUGAGCUGAUGGAGCUAUCUGAAAGGUCGAAAAAUACAUUUGUCAGUCAUGGUUAUGUGCAAGUCCUUGUAGAAGCUUUUAUUAAAGUCAUGCUAAAUCACAAGAAUUACAUCUGUACCAAUACCUGACACUUCUUCAUGUUUUCCCAAUAACAUGCAGCUUCUGCCUAUGUAGAUAUCAUACUGUCAAUUGGUUCUCAAAAGUAUGUUAAGUGGUUCAAGAUGCGUGUUUCCCAUUUAUUUCAAAACCAUGAACAAUGCUUUAAUGCAUGUGUGGUACCAGCACUGGUUACUUGCAUCGUGUAGUGUUUUUCAAGAGGUCUGGGUCUUAACAAAAUAUUUUUCCUUUUUCUCAGUGCUCUUUUGCCUCUUUUGAUUGGUGUCCCUUGAGAACAGCAUACCUCUAUUCCUUUGUUUGGUUGCACCUUUUCUUGUGACAUUUAGCAAGUUUCAAACUUACUUCCAUAUGAGGCUAGGAAACCUCAAAUUUCAGGAAUUGGGAAAAAUAAAAUUAGCACUUGCAGAAGUAGCAGCAGAUGGGAAAAUGCCUUGAUUGACAUUUUCCUUCAGCGUUUAAAAUUUUUGGCAUUUUAACAGCUUCAUGACAAACAGCUUCCAGCCCAUACCUUAGAAAAUGGGGUGCUGAGUUAAAUAAAGCCUGUUUGUGCACUGGAGCAGAAAAAUGUAUUAUUUGCAAACUGGUGGAGAAUUCUGUGCCUUCUUUUCUGGCCACCAAGCCAGUGUAGAAAAAGCGUAAAUGUCAUAAAAUCCUUAUAUUAAACACAAAAACAAGAGCAAAAACAAACAUUGAACUGAUUUAAGUUUUGUAAUGUUAAACUUCAACAAAUUCAACUGAAAAUAUUUCCGUCAAAUGCUGUCAAGACUGUAGACUGUACCUCGUUUGCAAAACUGCUUUGAAAGGAAGAGUGGACGACUCCCAUCAGCCUUAUUCUCUCGAGAACUGUAUCUGGUUCCUAGUUACAGCCUUUCCAAAGCUCUACUCUUGGUUCUUAUUAUUUGUAAAUGUUUAAAUUAGAAGAGAAAGGAUCUUGUACACGUGAAACCUAAUCGACUCUAUAUUUUGGACAAUUUAUGUACCUGAAACAUGUUGUCUCUGUUAUAUGACGUUAUUUUUUUUUAUUUUUAUUUUUUGCCAGGAGACUACAGGUUGAUUUAGCUUGAUAGCAGGAAUUUGAUGGAAAACAGAUUUCCAUUUAGUCUUACCAAGUGUUGCCUCUCUCUGACUAGACAGAUAGCCACUUAGUAAAAUCUAAGGCAGUGUGUAAAUGAAACCAACAAAGAGAGUAGGGGUUAUUUUUAAAACAGUCUUAACUUUGAGUAACCAUUUGUUCAAUUUAUUACAUGUGUCUGAAGACAUUAAAAUGCUAUAAGGUUUUAAAAAUUGGUUGUGCCAAUGUGUGAGGGAUUUACCUUUAGGCUCUCCAUCACCAGUGAUUUACUAGUGUUAGCUGUUUAACUCAUUACCUGUAUUUAAUAGUGAUUAUUUAUUUACAAGUUAGUGGUAAUUCAGCAGUCAGGACCCUAAGCUUUUACAGUUGAGUUGAGGGAAUCUUGCUUUUACUUAUUUGGCUGGCAACUGCCUUUAUCACAGACCUCUGGUGCUUGGCUUCUGAGGAAGUCUAUGAAAUGCCAAAAUCACCACUUUGGGGAGCAACUUGCUCUAAGGGGUGAUGCAUGAUCAAAUUGUGAUAUUUCAAGGGGUUUCAGCAUAAUUCAGAAUGUGAAAAAAAUUGUCUUAAUUCACAUCCUCCAUUUAUUAACCCCUCAAACAAAAUUCCACACAUUCAAAAUGAAUAAUUUGAUAAAACUUUGUCUUUUAGGUCUUUAAAAAACUGAAGUCCAGCACAGAAAAAGAAUUCAUAGAAAAUUUCAUGAGAGAGUCAAAGUUCUAAAAAUUAUUUACUGAUGAACUAAAAAAAAAAAAAGUAACAGAAGAGUCUUUUCAUUCAAUGUUAAUGAUGAAAAAAGAUCUUUUCAUCCAAGUUAAAAAUAGUGAGAAUCAGUGUUAGUUAACCUAUACCAAAGUAAACAUUAAAGAGACAUAUCACGCAAUUUCAAAGAAUGCUUUCAUAUUAUUUCUUAACCUGACAUCCUUAAUGUAGGCAAUAUGCAAAUAUUGGCUUACUACUCCAUAAAUUAAUUGAAUUCCUGGUUGGAAAAUUGGCUUGUUUUGUUUUUCUACAUUAGCUGAUAUCUUAUAAAACAUCCUUUAAAGGAUCCAGGUCCUGCACAAUUUAAAAAAUGACACCAUUAAAAGAAAAAAAAAAUGUCAUAUAGUAAUAGAGCAGUAUGCUUUAUUAGAACCAGAUUAAAAGCUGUGUGUUGCCUAAUGGAGGAGAAGUUGCUGAGAUCAACAGGUAGACUGAGGUCUGACAUAAUAUAUGCCCACUCGUUAUUGUCUAAUUAUAUUCUUUUGACAACAGACAACAUUUAUCAGAGCGUUAAUUCAAAUGAGAGUUUUGGCUAUCAAGAUGUGUUGGUUCGAAACAUAAUUGAAUGAGACCCAAAAAAAGUCUGACUUCCCUGGCCCCGGUGUUUUGCAGGUUGGCUAUUCCCAUUUAUCAGCUCCAUCCCUCCAUAAGGUUCCUAGCUGCACCAAGGACAACAACACAAGCAGCAUACAUUAUAUGGAUUUAUCUCAAUGCUAUUGUUUAAUGGCUGUGUUUAAUGUGACCUAUCUGGAAAAUGAGGACUCCGAAUAAAAAGCUAUUACUAAUA